ACAACACCUCUACCGUAAUUUUACACCUCCGACAAACCCUAGCUUAAACCCUAGCCUCUCUCUCUCUCUCUCUCUCUCUCUCUCUCUCCAUAUAUACCAUCGCUCUUUGAUCUGUAGGAGAGAGAGAGAGAAACGAAGAUGAGUCGAGGAGCGGCGGCGGGCGGUGGGGCCAAGGGUAAGAAGAAGGGAGUGACGUUCACGAUCGACUGUGGGAAGCCGGUGGAGGAUGGUAUCAUGGAAAUCGCCACACUGGAAAAGUUCCUCCAGGAGCGCAUCAAGGUCGGCGGCAAGGCCGGUGCUCUCGGCGACUCCGUCACUGUCUCCCGCGAGAAGAGCAAGCUCACCGUCGCCUCCGAUUCUCACUUCUCUAAGCGAUAUCUGAAGUAUCUGACGAAGAAGUUCUUGAAGAAACACAAUGUGCGUGAUUGGCUUCGAGUUAUUUCAUCGAACAAGGACCGUAACGUUUAUGAGUUGCGAUACUUCAACAUUGCUGAGAACGAGGAUGAGGAUGAAGACUAAAUGGCCGACCAAGUGCCCAAGCCGAUAUACAGUCUCUACACUAUGGUAGGAAUAAUUUGUUGAGAGUGCGUUUGUAUUGUGAAACUCAGCUUCUGGAAUUUUGUUUAGGGAUUAUAGUUUUGCCCUUUGGUGGGUUUAGGCAAUUUUGCUGAAAUGUGAAUUGGUUAUUUAGUGUUAUGAGAGGAACAAAGAAACAGAGGAGUUUCCUUAUGCAGAAGAUAAAUCUUGUUAUGUUGCAACAUAUUGGGGGUAUUUGUAAUAGUUUUUUCUUAGAUUUUAGAUUGUGAUUCUGCAUCA